CCGUACGAGCCGAGGUCCGAACCACCCGUGGCGCUGCGCCAUCGCCCGCACGCGGAUGAUGAUGAGUCCGGUGGACCCGCCGCUCUGCAGCGCUGACCCGCGCCCUCCCCGACCGUACCCGUUCAAACUUAAUUAGUGCCCGCGAGUCUUGCGUAGCGCUCGCGGGCCUCGCCGCGUGAGCCUCGGCUCCACCGAUGUGCCGCGGCAGGUGUGUGCGGCGCGGCGAGCAGCUCGCUGCGGCGGCAUCUGCGCGGCAGUAGCGCGCGGCAGCGGCAGUAGCGGCCGGUAUGCCGGGCGGCCGCCGGGGGCUGGUAGCCCCGCAGAACACCUUCCUCGAGAACAUCAUACGCCGCUCCUCCUCUCAACCAGACAGCAGCUUCCUGUUGGCAAACGCGCAGAUUGUGGACUACCCCAUCGUGUACUGCAACGAGACAUUCUGCAAAAUGAGCGGCUACAACCGCGCUGAGGUGAUGCAGAAGUCAUGCCGCUGCACUUGGAUGUACGGCGAACUCACCGAGAAGGAGGCGGUUGAGCGCGUAGACCGCGCGCUCGACCAUCACCUCGCUGAUCAAUUCGAGAUCCUGCUUUACAAGAAGAACCGCACACCGCUGUGGCUACUAGUACACGUAGCGCCCAUUCGCAAUGAGCGGGAGCUUGUGGUGCUAUUCCUGCUCACCUUCCGCGAUAUCACGGCGCUAAAGCAGCCCAUUGACGCCGACGACCCCAAGGGUGGUCUGUCAAAGUUCGCAAAGCUGGCACGCAGUGUGACGCGCUCCCGCUCGGUGCUUGUGUCGGCGCUGCCCGCGCUCAAAGAGCCACAACGACAAAGUCACCUGGCGCAUGUGAUGUCGCUAUCAGGUGACGUGCUGCCACAGUACCGACAGGAGGCGCCAAAGACGCCGCCGCACAUCCUGCUGCACUACUGCGCAUUCAAAGCCAUUUGGGACUGGAUCAUCCUAUGCCUCACCUUCUACACUGCCAUAAUGGUGCCCUACAACGUGGCGUUCAAGAACAAGACCAGCGAGGAUGUAUCACUGCUGGUUAUCGACUCCAUUGUGGACGUGAUUUUUUUUAUUGACAUCGUGCUUAAUUUUCAUACCACGUUCGUGGGCCCCGGUGGUGAGGUGGUCUCCGACCCGAAGGUCAUACGUAAAAACUACUUCAAGUCAUGGUUUCUCAUCGAUUUGCUCUCCUGCCUUCCCUACGAUGUUUUCAAUGCGUUCGAUCACGACGAGGAUGGUAUUGGCAGUCUGUUCAGCGCACUCAAAGUGGUGCGGCUGUUGAGGCUGGGGCGCGUGGUGCGCAAACUGGACCGGUACUUGGAGUACGGUGCUGCCAUGUUGAUCUUGCUGCUGUGCUUCUACAUGCUGGUGGCGCACUGGCUGGCUUGUGUAUGGUAUAGCAUCGGACGCUCGGAUGCCGACUCCGGUCUACAAUAUUCGUGGCUGUGGAAGCUGGCCAACGUAACGCAAGCGCCGUACUCUUACGUGUGGUCCAACGAGUCCGAUGGGCCCGAGCUGGUCAAUGGCCCGUCGCGCAAGACCAUGUACGUGACGGCGCUGUACUUCACCAUGACGUGCAUGACCUCCGUGGGCUUCGGCAACGUCGCCGCCGAGACCGAUAACGAGAAGAUCUUCACCAUCUGCAUGAUGAUAGUAGCAGCACUACUAUAUGCGACGAUCUUCGGGCACGUGACCACCAUCAUUCAACAAAUGACGUCGGCUACAGCCAAAUACCAUGACAUGCUGAACAACGUACGCGAGUUUAUGAAACUGCACGAAGUGCCCAAGGCGUUGAGCGAGCGAGUCAUGGAUUAUGUCGUCUCCACUUGGGCCAUGACCAAGGGCCUAGAUACGGAUAAGGUACUCAACUACUGCCCGAAGGACAUGAAGGCGGACAUUUGCGUGCACCUCAACCGUAAGGUGUUCAAUGAGCACCCGGCGUUCCGACUGGCGUCAGACGGCUGCCUGCGAGCGCUCGCCAUGCACUUCCACAUGUCGCAUUCGGCGCCUGGCGAUCUGCUUUACCAUACGGGCGAGUCAAUCGACUCGCUCUGCUUCAUCGUCACCGGCAGUCUCGAGGUCAUCCAGGACGAUGAAGUGGUUGCUAUCCUUGGCAAGGGGGACGUGUUCGGCGAUUCUUUUUGGAAAGAUAGCGCUGUGGGUCAGUCAGCAGCCAACGUGCGCGCGCUCACGUACUGUGACCUGCACACUAUCAAGCGCGAACGCCUGCUCGAGGUGCUCGACUUCUACCAGGCGUUUGCCAACAGUUUUGCGCGGAAUUUAACACUCACAUACAACCUGCGGCAUCGGCUGAUCUUUCGCAAAGUAGCUGACGUGCGGCGCGAGCGUGAGCUCAUGGAGAGGCGUAAGCGCGAACCGCAGUUGGAGCAGGCGCAAGACCACCUGGUGCGCAAGAUUUUCUCGCGUUUUCGCCGCGAACGUAGCGUAGCCGCUGCGCCCGCACCAGCCCCGCGUUCCACCGAUCCCGCGCAACCAGACCCCGAGCGAGGCGACUCCUCCGCGGUCGCGACGGCACCGGCUGGCGAUGGAUCGACACGGCGCUUAUCGCUGCACCGCGAUUCGUCACCGCGCGCCGGCCGCAGCCGCGAGGAAGACACAUCCGCAGCCGCAACCGCGCCCGCUGUGACGGCGACGUCAGGGACUGGGGCUGCUCGCGGCAAGUGGGGCCGACUGCUGGCGGGCGGGUCGCUGGACGCGGGUGCCGAAGCGCCACGAGCAUCUUUCACGCGUAGCUUGAGCGUUCGGGACCGCGCUGCGACAUCGCCAGCCACGGCCGCGCCCGCUGCCGACGCUGCGCCCCCCGCACCGACUGGCGCUGGAGCCGCAGCCUUAGCGGCCAAGAUGGCGUUGGUGAAGGCGCGUGUGGGCUCCGCCGCGACAGCGGGCGGCUCACGCCAGGACACGAUAGAGGAGGAGCUGGAGGAGCGGCGACCUUCCGGCGCGCCCUACUCGCACGAAGCAGCCCUGGCUGAGCUGCGGCGCGACGUGCGCGUCGAGGUGCAGCGGCUCCAGCAAAAGCUAGGGCGCGUGGAGGAUCUGCUGACGAUGUUGGCAACGCGGCUAGGUGCUGAACCUACUGAUACUAGCGGUGGUGCCAGUAGUACCGCUGCGCCGCCAAAUGCCGCGGCUCCAGCUCCUGUGCCGGUGGGGACCGAAGAAGCAGCCCCGCGACCUACGGACCUGGCUGCACUGGCAAGAAAACGUCGCGCGAAGGCCCGAAGUAAGGGUGCGGCGCCGCAAGUGCCUACGCCCACGCCGCCCACGACGCCCGAUGCGCCCGCCAGCGGCAGCGGCAGUCCACCAGCGGGGGCGGGGACCUCCGCGGCGGCUCGCCGGCGGGACUUCCUGUAGCGCGCGGCGGCGCCCGGCGCCCCGCCCGACUAGCGCCGAGCGCCCUCGCCGCCCUCCUGUUAGGGCUCGCACUCGUAGAACUGUAACUUGAUAUUGUCCGAUAAGUGAUAUUAUAAGUUAAGUCGCGGUGCAUUGUAGAUAUUCACGUUCGAAAGCAAUACGUUCAUUUCCACUUCCGCUCCGCAUCACGUCGACGACCAAGUAUUUUUGUACGUUUGCGACGACUCACUGAUUUUAUACGCUUUGAGAGGUCGAUUAUUUACUUGAGGAAUUUUCAUAUUGUACUCGUUAGGCGAUGCGUAGUCGAGCUGCGCGCAGACAUAUCCCGGGGCGCACGGCCCCGUUCUGGUCGGCGCGCCCCCUGCCAGCGGGGCCGCGCACCUCCGCACGCCUGUUGUUUUAGCAUUAGCAAACUUAUUGUUAACGUUUUUAAAAGUUUAUCCGAGAUAUUCGAUAUCCUCGCGUAGUUAGUCGCGGAGCGGGCGCUCGGCCCCGCUCCCCCUCAGUUAGACGAACGGCGGUCGUUCCUCGCUAAGCCACUGCUGUCUAUGGUCUUUUUAUCGAGAAAUAUAUCGACAUGAUGACACUCACGUUUGUUUUAUU